AAAAAAAGGAAUAAGCACCGAAAACGAUUAGGAAAAUGGAGCACUGUGGAUGACUGGAGGACUCGGGGGGAGACGAGAGUUAGAGAGAGACAAAAAGGUAUACUUUUCCUCUCAAUCGCCGGUCUCCUUCGUCCGUAUUCGUCUGUUUUUAUUUUUUUAUUUAAUUCCUGAAAAGAUAUUAUUAGUACUAUGUUUAUUUUUUGAAUAUGGAGUAUUCAUUUUUUGCUCUAUAACAAGAAAAAGUUUCCCCAAGUGGUUCCGUUCAAUAUCUUCUGAUCUCAGAUUUGAUGGCUUUGCCGCAAACCGAAUCCUCCGCCUUCAACUGAAGAUUUUGGUGUUCGCUCUUCCGGAGUUCCGGUGAUUGUUUUCUGGAUUAGUAUCGAAUAUUGUAGUCGCUAAUGGAGACCAGUGGGGGUGGAUUUAGCCGGGGAAGGAUGCAUACGGCGGAAUACAAGCCAGAUUCUCCAAACCUGGGAGACUUUCUCAGAGUGAAACAGGCGAGCAGCCGUAAUGACGGAAGUAGCAAUUUGACCGGUUUAACCCUAGGGGCUGUUUUGGAUAGAGAGCCUAGAUCGACUACGGCCGCGCUACCGCAUCGGACUCUCCUCGAUAUCAUACGGGCUGAGCCGUUCGCGAGCAAGGGGGGCCGGAAGACAUGGAAACACAUCACAGAUAGGCUCUGUUUAAGGAUCCAUGGCUCCGCCUGGACCUCUGCCGACGACGAUUCGUUCCCCGCCGCACUUUCCGCCGAUACACCUCGACGGCAGACGUCCCAUCCCUCGCGGGUUUCUCCUGCGAAUAAUUCCCCCGAGGGGGAGACCCCGAGGCACGGAUUGAUUCAGCCGGAAGUGACGACAUCGCCGGGGUCAACCACUCUGAUUGUGAUGCUGCAGAGGAGCUCUAGUCGGGCUGUGGAUGACAGGGCCUCGAGAUUCGAGGUGGCAGAAGCUUCCGACGGCGAUUUACCAGGCGAAGGCACCACAGAGGACCAACCGGCAAGACUCUCACUGAUGGCGUUGCUUGCGGAGACUGACAGGGAAAUGAGCCUGGACAGUGCAGCUGGAAUACCAGAAGAAGAAGAGGGAGAAACCGGAGAGGAGAUUGCCGGCGGUGGCAAGUUAAUUGUAGACCGUUGUUGUGUGUGCAUGGUUAGGCACAAGGGUGCGGCGUUUAUACCCUGUGGACACACAUUUUGCCGGCGGUGCUCGAGGGAGCUCUGGGUUCAAAGGGGAAGUUGCCCUCUCUGCAACAAUUCCAUAUCAGAAGUUCUUGACAUUUUCUAGUCAACUCUCCACACACUAUCAUUCUAUAUCCACAGGUUUCAGUAUUCUCUUCUUAAAAAAACAUGGUGUUACUAUCAUUUUCACUAUACUUCUGAAUCGGUAAAUUGGGUCAUAGUAUCAUUCUUUACUCUUGAGUACGAGUACUUAUAUUUGACUCUGCAAUUUUGAAAUGGGUGGUGCAAUAUAUGGUUUGGCGGCAUGAUUUUUCCCUCCUUUUCUUCAUCUUCCCAAGAUAUCCAAGUUUAUAUUGUGACAUUGUUGUGAUCCGGUUAAAACAUAGAAGUAUAUGAAGAAACAAUAUUAGUGACUUGUAAUUAUUGUUACACGAUUUAACUCAUGACUAUUUACAAAAGAAGUUGAAGAAGGCUCCCAG